UAAGGAAUCGUCACAACACAAAAUCAGCCAGCCGUUUUUUUUUUACCCGAUACUCAUUCUUCAUUUUUACCCCGUUUAAUGGUGUUUAACCCAGGAUAACAGCUGCUGUGUUUGGUUAAAAAAACCAAACCAAUGAAUCCAGAACAGCGUAUUUAAAGGUUCAUGAGGGAAGCGGUGGUGGCUCGCUGUGAAGAUGCGGAGAGUGUCCCGAAAGAAGGCCCUCAAUUUUGUGAAGGAGCUGGAUGCUUUUCCCAAAGUUCCUGAGAGCUAUGUUGAGACAUCUGCUAGCGGUGGAACGGUGUCUUUGGUAGCCUUUGCGGCUAUGGCACUCCUGGCCUUCUUUGAGUUUUUUGUGUAUCGGGACACAUGGAUGCAGUAUGAAUAUGAGGUGGAUAAGGAUUUUUCGAGUAAAUUAAGAAUCAAUAUAGAUAUUACAGUCGCCAUGCGGUGCCAGUUUGUAGGUGCAGAUGUGUUGGACCUGGCUGAGACCAUGGUUUCGUCAGAUGGCCUACUGUACGAACCGGUUGUAUUUGAGCUGUCCCCUCAACAGAGGCUGUGGCACAGGACGCUUCUGCUGGUUCAGAACCGGCUAAGGGAGGAGCAUUCCCUCCAGGACGUGAUCUUCAAAAGCAUCAUGAGAGGAGCGCCCACUGCUCUACCGCCAAGAGAGGACGAUCCCACACAGCCACUGAACGCAUGCAGGAUACAUGGACAUCUUUAUGUUAACAAAGUGGCUGGGAAUUUCCACAUCACAGUCGGCAAAGCCAUUCCACACCCAAGAGGACACGCUCACCUCGCUGCACUGGUCAGCCAUGAAACAUACAACUUCUCCCAUCGAAUAGACCACCUUUCGUUUGGUGAAGAAAUCCCAGGCAUACUAAACCCACUGGAUGGAACAGAAAAAGUGUGCACAGACCAUAAUCAGAUGUUUCAGUACUUCAUCACCAUUGUGCCCACCAAACUGGAAACCUACAAAGUGUCUGCUGAGACGCAUCAGUACUCCGUUACAGAGCGGGAGCGGGUAAUCAACCACGCAGCAGGCAGUCACGGCGUCUCUGGUAUCUUUAUGAAGUACGAUGUCAGCUCCCUCAGAGUCCGGGUGACGGAGCAGCACAUGCCCCUCUGGCAGUUCCUGGUACGCCUGUGCGGCAUUGUCGGAGGCAUCUUCUCCACCACAGGUAUGCUACAUGGCCUGGUUGGAUUCUGUGUAGAUGUUGUCUGCUGUCGCUUCAAACUAGGAGUCUAUAAACCCAAGGGGAUCAGUGUUCUCGAUGGCCAUGUGAACAGUCAGACGCCUCUGCUCUCAGAGAACAACGACCACUAGCAUCUCCGUUCUGCUCCUGAGACUCUUUAUCUUUCGUCCAAGACUCAAGCCCACCACCGGACUCCACCACGUCAUCCACUUUAUUGCCAGUGUGGUAUUGUGAAGGGCUGCUGCCAAAAGCAUGUGACUGUAACUCAGACUGUAAACAAACACAAAGUAUUGAUCGCUCAUAACCAGCAGUACUAUUUUAGUCUGUCCUCGACAAGAUUUGUUAUCCAUGAGAAACAUGUUUGAUGAUAAGUGUGGUUGUUUUGCACUCCAUUUUUACAUUCAGCAUGGCAGUGAAGAUGAGCAACUUGCUUUCAUUUUGUUUAUUUAUUUGUGCAGUUAUUGUUCAAAUGCUUGUUAGAUGCACCUCUUUCAUCUCGAAGGGAACCCAAGGUACUGUAAAAAUGACAUGACAAUAUAUAAUUUUUUUUGCAAUUAUAUAUUGUUAUAUUAACAAAUACAGGAAUUUUCAGAAGAUUUCACCAGUUUUAUCCAGAUCCAGCAAACUCAAUAAGUCAUAAAAUUGGUAAUGUGCUUGGUGUAUUCAGUAUUGGCAUACAAUAAAAGAUAUGGGGCAGAUAUAGUCUGCCUCUGCUAGGGUUAUUAUGAAAAAGGAGAACAGUAUGAAUUUUCCUUCUCUAUCAAGCAGCAAAAAACAUUUAAAAUAUUUAAUUACAUGUGCUUCAUGACAUUCCGCACCCUGCCAUGUGUCUAUUGUUCAUACCCCCCAACCCCCCCCCCCCAGAUAAAUUAUAAUGGUACACAGGCUUAAUGAGGAAAACAAAUAAUUAAUUUGUUAAUCAAGAAAACCUGGAAGACACCAUGUCUCAUGGCAGCAUUAAUUAUAAUAAUAAUUUGGUAGGAUUCUGACUGUAUUCAGCAUCAUUUGUUUAGCUGCUUGGGGAGGAGGUUUAUCAGCUGGACACUUACCUCAGGAUAAUAAUGUGCAUAUUUAUUUUUAUCCACAGUCAUCUCAGUGAGAUGACAGGGGCUAAAUAUAUGCAGAUAAGAUGUAGAAGAAAAGGAGCCAGUUUAAAGGAAAUCUUGUGUAGCUUUACAGUUAUUUGACUGCCUCGUUUGCCCUGAAAACAUGUCGACUGCAGAAGGUGGAUGAUACUUCAAUUACAUCAUUAAAAAAACAGACAACAUUGAUACAA